AUGUCUGACAAACCUACUUUGGAGUUCUUUGGAACAACCACUUUUAGGCUCAAGUGGCAGUCUUUGACCAUUUUUCAUGACACUUGGCUCAAGAAGCCAGUUGGUAUGAAGCGAUAUCUCGAGCUUGACGACGUCACUGCAUUGGAUUACAUCGUUAUCUCGCAUGCCCAUUUUGAUCAUCUCCCAGGUGCGGACCAAUUAGCUCUGCGAACUGGCGCAACAGUGAUUGCGAACUGUGAGGCCAUCAACUGCCUCCGAGACGCCGGCGUGCCCGAGACACAGUUGAUCCCAGUCAGUGGAGGUGAAAGAGUGCCUCUAUUCACAAAAGACAUUCUCAAACAAGCUGCUGAAGGAACCAUCGAUCGAGCUCCAGCACCGCCAACGGCGCCUUACAGGCCCCAUGUCAAGUAUGCAGCAUUAGCAGUUCAUGUCUGGCCAUCGCUGCAUUCCCUCAUCCCUGGCGUCACCUCACACGACUUACCUGAGCACUUCGACACGGCACAAUCCUACACUGGCGAAACUACCCCGUAUGAUUGUUCCUUGGAUAUCACCAGGCUAAUGCAGUAUGGCCUUUUCCGGAUGAAAGAGAUUGCCCCGGAAGGUCAAAUGGACGAGGGAAUGCGCGCCUUUGCUGACUAUGUGCAAGACCGCAGAACUCACGUCAUGUCACACUGUGAUGGCGGUCAACUCAUGUACAACUUUGUUUCUGGCGAGAAGGCGAUAUUGUUCAACACUCACCUUGGUGCUUACGAGGGUGUUUCAAAGUCUCUGACGCCAAAGCCCACUGUUGCCAUCCUUGGCGCUGGCGGGCGGGCAAAUCUCAACGGGAGACCAUUCCAAGGUUCAGCAGCUGAGUUCCUUACCGAACAAAUCAAGUGGCUUGGAGAGCCUGCGAAUAUCUUCUUCUGUUUGCAUGAUGAGAAUCUCAUCAAACCUUACACAGUUGAUAUCACUGGGGCGAAGACGUUGAUAGAGAAGGAGACGUCUGGGAAGGUUAUCGACACUCAGCCUGGAAAGACAUACACUUUAGACGUAUAG